CGGCCAGCGCAGCGGCGGCUGACGUGUGCCUAGGGGCGGCGGCGGUUCCUGGGCCCGGACCGGAUCAUGUCGAAAGUCACCUUUAAAAUCACGCUGACGUCGGACCCGCGGCUGCCUUACAAAGUGUUAAGUGUACCUGAAAAUACACCUUUCACAGCCGUCUUGAAGUUUGCUGCAGAAGAAUUCAAAGUUCCUGCAGCAACAAGUGCUAUUAUAACAAAUGAUGGAAUAGGAAUAAACCCUGCACAGACAGCGGGAAAUGUUUUCCUAAAGCAUGGUUCAGAACUACGGAUUAUUCCCAGAGAUCGUGUUGGGAGCUGUUAAUAUCUACUGAGUGGUUUUGGAAUAAGUGAAAUCACCAUGCUAAAGAGUAAAUGGUCAUAUUUAUUUGGAUUUCUACAGUACAACUAAUGAAUCAGUCUGUUUUAAAAUUACUUACAAUGACUACCUGGGAUUUAAAAAUUAAUUAAAAGCAGAGUUUUCAUUUUCUUUCCCUGUUAGCAUUUAGCAAAUCAUAAGCUAGCCUGGCCCUUCAUCUACUAACAGAAGGAUGGUCUGAUGUAAUGCUAUAUUCUUGAAAGCAGGAUGGACCUCUUUCUUUUUAGUAACAGAACCUCUUAGGAAAUGUUAUUGAAAACAAAAGGGCAAACCUUGUCAGUAGAAACAUACAAUUGUGAUUGAUAGAUUAAUAACAGAAUCCUGAAUUUAGAAGUUCAUUUUGUGGAAGGAGAAGCUGUAUUUGAUUUUUAGAAAAGGAGACCAUUAGGAGAAAAUUCUUUCCUACUGAAAGCUAAAAAACAUUAGUCUAACCCCUGAAUUAUGUAUAAUGUACAUUGUCAAACUCAAAGAAACAAUUUUCCUCACAGUUAAAAUUUUCAGUCCAAAUAGAAGGGGUAUCUUGAAAACUUCAGACUCUUUUGUUACUGAAGUAUGUAGAGAACUUCUAAGAAAUGUAAAUACUUGGCUAUAAUCAUAAGGUACUGGAAAAUUUUUAAUUAAAGAAAAAUAAAUGUACUUUUGUUAAAUCUUCAUUUGAGCUUCAUUGGUCAAACUAGCUUUUACAAAUUUUCACUGAUACUGGAUUUAACAUUAAAUAAAGUGCCCUCAACUGAAAGGUGUUGUAAAAUCACAAAUCAUGGGAAUCCCAUGCGCUGUAUGAUAGGGAUUUAUCAGUUGAAUACUACAUUCCUUUAUCAGCAAACAUAUUUAUUUGAGGAAAACGUCUUAGUUUGUUGCUACUGUAUGUUACUUGGGAAACAGUGGUGGAAUCACUUGCAUGUUUGUAUGUUCAGAAAUUAAGCAUUUUGUUUAUAAAUUGUCUGAAGUUAAAUUGUUACAUCAACCAUGGACCUACACUGGAGAAACCAGUAUGUCUUGUUUUGACACACAAUGAUAUACUGUAGUUUCAAGAUAGUAUGCAUUUUGCCAAACAAAUCAUCAUUGCGUUUUAUCUGUCCUCAUACAUUUAAUUUAUUGAGGUUACAAAAAAUUGAACAAUAAACGAUAAUACUUCAUAAAAAC